AUGACGAUCCUGGGGAUCAGGAGCGGAGCGGUCACCUCUGCUGAGGAGCGGGAAACUGUCAAUCCGGCUGAGAUGCGGGAGCAUGGCGACCUAGAGUGCCGGAGAGAGAGCAUACAUGACGGUACCCCCUGCCCGGCGCGUUCGGCUCCAGCUGUAGGACGCCAACCAAAGGGACGAUCCCAGGGAUCAGGAGCGGACUGGUCACCCCUGCUGAUGCGCGGAAACCGGUCGCUGGCUGGAAACAGAUUUCUGUGCAGGAUAUUCUUUCCCAGAGCUGCUGUACACUACGCUGCCUACGUAGCUGCUGCACACUACGCUGCCUACGUAGCUGAUGCACACUACGCUGCCUACGUAGCUGCUGUACACUACGCUGCCUACGUAGCUGCUGUACACUACGCUGCCUACGUAGCUGCUGCACACUACCAUGCCUACGUAGCUGAUGAACACUACGCUGCCUACGUAGCUGCUGCCUACGUAGCUGCUGCACACUACGCUGCCUACGUAGCUGCUGCACACUACGCUGCCUACGUAGCUGCUGCACACUACGCUGCCUACGUAGCUGAUGUACACUACGCUGCCUACGUAGCUGCUGUGCACUACGCUGCCUACGUAGCUGCUGUACACUACGCUGCCUACGUAGCUGCUGCACACUACGCUGCCUACGUAGCUGCUGCACACUACGCUGCCUACGUAGCUGCUGCACACUACGCUGCCUACGUAGCUGCUGCACACUACGCUGCCUACGUAGCUGCUGCACACUACGCUGCCUACGUAGCUGCUGCACACUACGCUGCCUACGUAGCUGCUGCACACUGUUGCCUACCUUCUGUACACUACGCUGCCUACGUAGCUGCUGUACACUACGCUGCCUACGUAGCUGCUGUACACUACGCUGCCUACGUAGCUGCUGUACACUACGCUGCCUACGUAGCUGCUGUACACUACGCUGCCUACGUAGCUGCUGUACACUACGCUGCCUACGUAGCUGCUGCACACUACGCUGCCUACGUAGCUGCUGCACACUACGCUGCCUACGUAGCUGCUGCACACUACGCUGCCUACGUAGCUGCUGUACACUACGCUGCCUACCUGCUGCACACUGUUGCCUACGUAGCUGCUGUACACUACGCUGCUGCACACUACGUAGCUGCUGCACACUGCGCUGCCUACGUAGCUGCUGUACACUGCGCUGCCUACGUAGCUGCUGUAUACUACGCUGCCUACGUAGCUGCUGCUCAGUGCCUUUGUCUGUUGUAG